ACAAGGCGGUAUUAAGCCCCGCCAUCUUUAUCUUGGCAACGUAAGUGAAAUAACAUACUCUUUUUCUUCGCGUGGAUUGACUCAGUGGUUUUAACACACAACUAAAAAGAAGACAUUGCGUGUAUAUAAGUACAACUGUCAUUUCGGUCCGUGUGCGACGGCAAUAUCUGUUUGGAGCAGCGAAAGCAGCUUGAGUCGAUUUUAACAUCGCCGCAGGGUGGCAGCACUUUGACGGUAGUGGAUGCUUCGCUGUAGUAAAACCUCCAACGAAGAAGAAAACUGCUGACGUUCGAAAACAUUGAGCUUGUUUUCCGCCGCAUGAACUGUGAGAAUGUUGAAAGAGUUCAUAAGAGAGAGGCUGAUGUCUGCAGCUGAUGAAAUAUUCAGGCUGUUCGAAGGAACGAUUGCGUCGUACGAGGAGGAACUUUCUCGAACGAGAGAGGCGAACGAGCGACAUCGACAACAACGGGAAGCUGUUUGCAGUACACAAGUUGCGACCCAUGUUGAAGAAUUCAAUGAGCUGAUUGGUUGUCAAGAAGAAUGUCCACCUGAGCUGCUGGAGGCUUUACAGCCUCCCAACAUUAAAAAAGAGGAUGAACUCUGUAUCGCCCAGGAGGAAGAGCGUCUCCUUGAGUCGGAGGAGGCUUUUGUCACUAAGUUGCCACUGACUGCUGUCUCUGUGAAGUCUGAAGACCAAGAAAACAAACCACAGACCCACAACUUCUUAGCUCCACUAUCAGACAGUGACGACACAAUGUUACACUUUCCUGACAGUGAAGACAGGUGCGACACCCAGGAACUUUUGAGCAGCGAUCCAGACUAUGAAGCCGAUAUGAGGACUCACAUGGACAGCAAACAACCUGAACUCUUAAAACAAAAGACAGGUAAAGAAUGUCUGACCUGUUCUGUUUGUGGUAAAAGAUUUAGCUCUGAGAGUUAUUUUACUCGACACAUGCGGACACACACGGGAGAAAAGCCUUUUAGUUGCUUGGUUUGUAGUAGACAGUUCUCUCAUAAGGCAAAUAUGUUAUCACACAUGAGAACACACACAGGAGAAAAACCCUUUGUUUGCUCCGUUUGUCCUAAAACCUUUUGUAAAAAGCCUCAAUUGGCUCAACACAUGCUGACACACACAGGAGAAAAGCCUUUUUGCUGUUCAGUUUGCAGUGAAAGAUUCUCUCAAAAAUCAAACAUGGUAUCACACAUGAGGAUACACACUGGAGAAAAACCCUUUAGUUGCUCAUACUGCAGUAAAAGAUUCUCUCACAAGGCAAAUAUGCUUUCACACAUGCGAACACACACAGGGGAAAAACCUUUUAGCUGUUUAAUUUGUGGUGAGCAUUACACUCAAAAGUCAAAUAUGGUAACACACAUGAGAACACACACAGGAGAAAAACCCUUUAGUUGUCCAGUUUGUGGUAAAAGAUUCUCUGGGAAAACUAACAUGGUAACACACAUGAGAACACACACAGGAGAAAAACCUCCAAAUUGUUCAGUUUGUGGUGUAAGAUUCUCUGAAAUAACGGACAUGGAAUCACAUAUGAGAACACACAUUGGAGAAAAACCUUUUGGUUGUCCUAUUUGUGGUAAAAAAUUCUCUGUUAAUGCAACUUUGCUGUCACACAUGAGAAUACACAGAAACGUAGGGAUGUGUACUGAAUUCAGUACUUUUACAGGUGCUGACCAAAUUCAAUUCAUGUAAAAUCAGAUGGUACAAUAUGUCUAGUUGUAGACAAACAAUGACAUUCAUAGCGGACUGUCUCUAGAUAAUGUCAUUUUCCAUGCCAACAAAGCAAGCAUGCCUGAUAGCAAGCACUCAAUAGUAAGGUUCCACUCUUAAAAAGACAUGAGUCGAUGCUAAUUUACAUUGGAUGUGCCGUAUACAUGCUGCUGGUUAGCAUUAGUGAUUUUACAUGGCAAUUUCAACACCUCCAAAUCUGGUAAUGGAAAGUACAACUAAUACGUAUGUUACAAUUAAACAGCUGGUUUGUGAUAAGUACAAUAUCUACAGUAUGAUCACUUUGUUGGACUCAACAAAAGACAAGACUGACACAUUUAACUUAAUGACAAAGACUACUUUCAGACUAUGGCAUCACACUGAGGUCAGACUGAAAUGAAUGCGCACUUGCAAAAGAUACACAGACAUGUAAAAACUGGACAACACAAUAAUCAUCAGCUCACCGUUGGUUAUUAAAUUUAAAAAAAACAUUUUAUUAUGAAACAAAUUGAGAUUUAUCAGCACAUGAACACACAUCGAACAUUGGCACAAUAGAGAACCGGUAUCAAUUCCAAUGUAACAGGAGUUGGUACUGUAUCAGUUCAAAUGUAAAAGGUACUCAUCACAAAAAUUAUUUUUUAGUUGCUUUUAGUGCUUAAAGCUCACAAAGGCUCAUUAUGUCUUCAUGUUAAAUAUACUUUGCAGUUUCUUCCAGUCAGAUCAGAUUUUGAUACGAUAGUUGGACUAUUUUACUUUGACAUUUUUCAACUCUCUUCCUCAGAGGAGUUACUGUUUCCGUCAGGUGUCCGAUAGUUUAUUGCUGCAGCAAUGAUGCUACUUUUUUAAGUCUCUUACAAAAAACUUUACUGCGGGAGCAUGUAUAUCAACAAUGUAGCAGAGACAGAAAGCACAAUGUAAGCUAAAGCAACAAAACCCGAAAAUUGGUGCCCAUUAAAGGAACUUUUUUUGUUUGGAUUAAAAAACCGACCAAACAAACGGUUAUCUACAAUCCGGGCCACUCAAGUGGAAAAGUUGGACCCCUAGGUCAAAAAGGUUUUAAUAUUUAUUUUGUCUUUUUGUCUCUCAUAAUGAUUGUGAACGAUAGGCAAAAUUCUGAAAUAAUAAGUGCAGUUCCCCUUUAAAAACCCUUAUCUAGUAUUAUUACUAGAUUUUAGUAUUAUUAUAUUAUUAUACUAGAUUAUUAUUAUUGUCUAUUGUGAGCGAACUGUGGUGCUGAAUUUCCCCCAGGGAUCAAUAAAGUAUUUUCUAUUCUAUUCUGUCUAUUCUAGUAUAAACUGUCUAAAACCAAAAAUUCAUGUUUUUUGGUAUUUAAUUGUCUUGUCCUUUUUGUAUAUGAAAUGUGUGUUUUAGGAAUAAAAUAUGAGAAAAUAUUUGAGAAUCAA